GACAUUUGAAUUUGAUUUUCAGAAUCAGAUUCAGUUUGUGUUGUAUUUGUGAAUCAAUAUAUUUUGGCGAGUAUGGCGGUUGUCCAUAUGUUUUCCUUGAUGCUUUUUUAUGUUUUUUCACUUUUCAUCUCGAUGAUUUGGUGUUCUGAGUUUAAGAAAUACCCUAUGCUUAUGCCUGCUGUCCAUCCACAUAAGGAUGAUUUCUAUGUCUGUACGCCAAUCAAGAUUGUCCCCGACAAAAAUUUUUAUAUUGUCGGAUUUGAGCCUAAUGCCACCAUGAAUGUGGUCCACCAUAUGUUACUUUUUGGAUGUUCAUCUUUGGCUUCAUUUGAUGAAUACUGGGAUUGUGGUGAAAUGGCAGAAACAGACAAUGACUCAAGUCUACAAAAAGCUACUCCAUGUGCCCAAGGAAGUCAUGUUAUUUAUGCAUGGGCUCGGAAUGCUAAACCAUUAAAAUUGCCUGAAGAUGUUGGUUUUUUAAUUGGCAAAGACACUCCUAUUAAAUAUUUAGUUCUGCAAAUACAUUAUAUGAAAAAGUUUGCUGAAGGAGAAACAGAUAGUUCAGGGCUAUUUUUAAUGUACACUCAAAGACCUCAAAGUAAAUUAGCAGCGGUUCUGCUACUCGCAUCUGGCGGUCGGAUACCGCCAAACGAAAUCACACAUAUGGAUGUUGCCUGUAGAAUAACGGAAAAUAAGGUUAUCUAUCCAUUUGCUUAUCGCACCCAUACACAUUCCUUAGGUCGUGUAGUUUCUGGAUAUAGGGUAACUAGAGAAGAAGGCCUUGAUCGCUGGCAUUUACUGGGUAAAAGGGACCCACUGACUCCCCAAAUGUUUUAUCCUGUUUUUGAUAAGACGCCUAUAAAACCUGGAGAUAAAAUUGCUGCCAGAUGUACCAUGGACAGUACCACUAGAAAUAGGUUUACUGAAGUUGGUCCUACAAAUAAUGAUGAAAUGUGCAACUUUUACCUGAUGUACUAUGUUGAACGAGGUACACCUUUGGAAAUAGCCAGUUGCUAUGAUGUAGGUCCACCGAAUUUCUACUGGAACAACAAUGAAGAUCUGAACAAUAUUCCAGAAGAAGAAGCAUCUUCUCUCUACUAAUAAAAUGUCAAAACUGUCUAAUUUCGCACCUUGUUGUGAUUAUCGGAAACAUAUAUUUUGGAAAUGAAGUACGUAAUUAACCUAUAUAUAGGUGGUUCAGUUUUCACAUCCCUUACAAUAUUUGUAUUGAAAAAAAUUUGCCCUCUAAUUUAGUUGUACAAGAUUUCAAAAUAUUUGUGGAAUUCCAGGUUUUCUAAAAAUAGGAGGUUAGCAUGUAAACAGUACCUCUAUAUUAGUAAAGAACCUAUUGUAAGGGAACAUAUGAAAAGUGAGUACCUAUAUAAAACCUAAAUGAUCUACAGUUAGGAUAAUUUAUUUUUCUACUUAAAGUAUUGAUUUCAUAAAUUAUAUGCUUUUUUUUACAAUAAUUUUGCUAAGAAUCUCAAAUUAGUUACUUAAAAUUCUUAAUAAGUAUUAAUUGAAACAUUCCAUGUAGUUAGGCCUUUAGAGGGAGGCAGGGAAAUAUUGUAAAAGAUCUAUCUAUCACGCGAACUUGAAAAAACAUUCAUGUAAACAUGACAAAAUCUUCCCAAUUGUAUACUAAUAGAAAAGUAUGAAAAUAUCUUUGCCUCCCUUGUUUUAUUAUUUAAUGGUAACUAUCAGGGACUUCCUAUCUAAUCAUAUCAAUUUAAAAGUAUUCUGAAUUAUUUUUAACUGUCAGCAAAAAUUACGUUGCUUUCCUGGGUUUCAUUUUAUUGUUUGUAUAUUUCCCAAAGAGAUUUAUUUUUAUAGAAUAUAAGAGAAAAUAUUUUACUGUUACUAUCCAAUAUGUUUCUACGCUCGAAUAUUUUCGUUUAUUUAGUAUUGGCAUUUUUUCAUCUGUGAUAUCUUGUGAUUUAAGACAAAUUUUAUUCAAAAGGAGUAUGUUAACAGCAAAAUGAAACCCCAAAGGCAAAUUGAACAAUUCAUUUGUAUAUACACAAUAUUAAAUUUAAUGCACUAUGAUGGUUAUAAACCUAACAAACCUAUAAGGAAAAAAAAUCGAUCAAAGAAUAUGUUGCAUUAAAAAUAUACAUGUUUUGGAAAUCAUUAAAAGUGUACCAAGUAAAGAGGCUAACAUUUUGGUCAAAAUCAUACCUUAAAAUCAGUAUUACAUCCCUGUUGCUGUGCAAUUUCUCUUUAGUAGUGAUUUAAGUUUUUAAAUAAUGCUUUUUAAAUAAUGUUAAUAACGCAGAUAUCCAAAACGCAAUUAAUUAAAAAACACAUUUAUUAUCUUAUAACAUGUCUAUUUAAAUAUUAGAUAUUUUCGAAACACACAAACUUAAAUAUGCCACAAGUGAUCUCUCUCUACAUACAUAUCACAUUAGAAAAACUCAAAAUAAAAAUAAAAAUUCCAUCUCCAAUAAAUACCCUCACUUAUUUGAGAUUUAAUACUUCAUUGAGUGUUGAAAGAAUUUUUCAAAUCAAUACUACUGACUUAUAUUUAAUUUUGAUAACAAAUCAGCAUUAAAGAACUAUGAAAGUAAAAUACUAGCAUUCAUAUUCAACAUAUAAAUAUUAUCCAAUUUAAUCUGUGGAAAAUGCCAGUAACUUUUAUUUUUCGCUUUACUUCAUAUUUGAAAGCUCUUGUUUUUUAUAUCAAAUUUGUUUGAUUUUUAAGGAGCCACAUUCAAAGCUACCUAGCUAUCCUAUAGCCCUAGCCUACCAAAGCUAUCUUUAUAUGUUUGAUUAUGUUUAAUUAAUUUUUACUCUAAUACCUUCUGGAAACACCUAAUUAUAAUACAUUUUUUUCGUAUUAUAAUUUUGAUGCCACUACAUUCACAAUACAAAAAUGUGCAGUAUUUUUAUGAAAAAAGUCAAGAAUCUUUUUUUUCCUAAAUUUAUAUGCCCCAGCAAUAUUAUAUUCCUAAUUGUUUAUCUUUAUAUAAUAUUAAGAAAAAUACAAAAAUCUAUUUAUAAUAUUAUAUGUUUAGUUUAGGCCACUAUGAUCUUUCACAUAUUUAUUAAAUUGUAUACUACAUGUAUUGUAAAAGUCUUUUUUGUCAGUCUUCUAUAUGAAAUUUAAUACAAUAAGACAUUUACAACAUGACCUCUGUAACUUCUACAAGUGUUAUUGUACACUAUUCAAUAUACAAUAUAGUCAAAUUAUAUUAAAUGUUAGAAAAUUCGAAUUUAGGGAAAUAUUACAUGCAUAAAAUUUAGUAUCAAAUGUAUUUUAUUGCAUAGAUUAGGUAUACACAGAUAGUUUAAAGAAAAAAUAGCCUUUGAUCUGGAUUGUAUACGGGAGCUUAAAACCAUGUCUUAAUAUUAUUUUAUUUGAAUUUUUUUCCGAGAAUAUGAGGACUUUUAAUGGAAUAUUUGGACACAUUUAGUUUCAUAUACUAAGCUAUAGUUUCAUAAGCUAUAGUUCACUAUAUCAAAAUUUCUUAUAGUUAACCUUAGCCUUAGUAUAAGAAAUUAAAUACAAGCUUUGCAUUCAAUAUUACGUGAUCUUAUUCAAUUGAAUAUGAACUUGUCUAUGAAAUGUCCCACAAAAUUGGAUGGUAGCUUUUUGACUGAUUGAGAAUAAAUAAAGUUUGUAGCAUUUCUUUCAUUGCUCUCUAUAGUAUACAUAUAUAGAACAGCUAAUUUUUUUAAUUUUUGUAGUUAAUGAAGGCUAUUUUUCGAUUACAUUUUUUAACAAAUCUUGUCUUGAACUAGUCAAAAGGGGCAUUUCUGAUGAAGUGUGACUGUUAUGUUAAUUCAUGUUGACAAUAUACAAUUUCUUGAAAUGCUCUUUGUGUUAUUGCUUUUAUUACUUUGUAUUUUGGAAGAAAGUAUAAUUUUACCAUUUAGUUUAACCUUCACCUAUCGUCUUGAUAACGAUUUGAUUUAUGGUUUCUAUUAAAACGUUGCAUAUGUUGUAUAUUUUAUUGAAACUGUAUUGUAUUUUAUAUUAGAGAUGAUAAUAAGUAUUUUAAGAUG